CACGAGUGUGUGCUUGCGCGCCCGCCGUGGGUGCGUGCGCGUUCCUGUGUGGGCGCGUGCGCGUUCCUGUGUGGGCAAUCAGUCACCUACGCACUGAGGUGCAGAUAAAUCAGUAAUUUCACAGAAGUUUCUCAAUCUAACGCUUCGUCUGUUGCGGUCUCUCACACACUCGACAUGUCGGACAUGGAGCCCAAAUCAGCCCAGGAUUUAACCGUGGUGGUGCAGAGUUUACUGCAGCAAAUGCAGGACAAGUUCCAGACCAUGUCUGACCAGAUUAUCGGGAGAAUCGACGACAUGAGCACCCGCAUCGACGACCUGGAGAAGAACAUCUCCGACCUCAUGACUCAGGCAGGCGUGGAGGAGUUUGAUGGAGAGAACAAAUUCGGCGAUGCGUCAGGAACAGCUUGAUCAAGACAAAGAGCCACCGAUCAAAUUAGUGCAUGAGCAUACGCAGUUUUGGUACUGAAGAAUCCCCGUACAUUUCGGGAUCGUCCGCCGAUCUGUAGCCUGUGGUCAUAUGAGACUGUGAUGUGUGACGUCAUGGAUGUUUCGCUCUUUCCCAAAAUAACCUUUUAAUAUUUGUGAUGAUGAGGAUGAGUUAUUUAUUUACUUGUUUUAUUAAUUAAUUCAUGUCAACCAACCACGCUGCAUAAAUCCUACAUGCUGAACUUUAUCACGACAGUAACACAGAAGAACACAGAUCUUAUUAAACGCCUGAUGUACUGUGAAUUUACACUCAGAUUUCCAGCAAAUUUAUUGGUGCUGUUCAUAAGAUUUCAAAGACCAGUGAAGAGCUGAUUCCUCUAAUGCCCAGUGCGAUUCCUGUGUCUCGAAUAAAAGCACGUUUUCAUACUAAAACGAGAUAAGCGUUUAUAAUAGAAGGUAAGACGUUAACACGAGCCGUAACGGUUAGGUAUCAGAGUCAGGGUCACUGCCUUGACUCCGUAUUACGGGAUUUCGCCAUGGAUAAAAGUGUAACUUUAAGGAAUUAACACGAGCUUUACCGUAUACGUCUCGAUACUGACGAUAUUCUUCUAAUAUUUUUGUUUUGAAGCCACAGAAAUCUAAAAAUCAUCUUCCACAUCAUUUACAUUCAUUUUUUUUUUUAUUUAAAUUUGAUUUCAGUUAUUAAUCAAGAGUCGACGACGAGUUUAUGAAUCAUAUUUUAAUGGUUCUAAUAUAGAGCGGUUUUAGAGUUGUCCGGUCGAUGCCCCAAUGCUUCUCUAAUACUACUAUUAAUUGUCAAACGAACUCAUAAACAACUCCUUUUUUUUCCCCCUUAUGGUUUUCCGUACACAUUUAUAGUAAACGUCGGUGCUUUGUUAUAAUAAAAAAGUCUUUUGUAGGAAAAUAUAAAUUUCUCGUUCUAGUUUGUUUGUCAGUGAGUGAUUUUGUAUUUUUAACCCAGUUAUUCAGAAUGUAUUGAACCAAUUUAAUCCUUAAACUAAAUGCCUUUAUGAAAAAAAAAACAUAAAUAGAAGCCAUAAAUAGAUUGAAAAAAUAAAAAAUAAAUCAGUCAAAUAUGAAAUUUCCACAGAGACAUGGAGCUUCGACGCAGAUCGCGUUGUUACGUACACGACGAUGCAGAUUCUCGACAUUUCUAAUUUUCACUGCACUUUCAAAUUGAAUUUGAUUAAAGAUUCCAUGUUCAUGGUUUGGAAAAAAUAUAAAAUUACUCGUUAACCCCAUACACGAUUUCCACGCCAUGCGAUCUGUAAUACCUACGAAUAUAUGUAUAUACAUAUAUAUGAAUAUUUAUCACUUUACACCUAAUACGGUGCUGUAACCUUUAGCUAGCGCACGUGUAACGAUCAAGGUAGCUAGCUAACGUGCUUUUCUCAUUUACGUAGCGGUGAAGCGAUUAAAGACUGACUUUUGAUUGAAUCUCAGGCAAAUUUUAAAUCAUCUAUGUAUAUCAAAAGGGUUCGGAAUGAAUUCACCUCGAAAUGAAGAUUUUUAAAUAUCGAGAUACCUCCUAAUCUUUUUCCCUUACACGUCGUUUAGCUGGAUUUCUGCUCAGGAUAUCGUUCCGUACAUCCUAACAAAGUAAACCGAUUCUCUACUCACGUUCCACGUCGGAUUUCCGUUCCUUUUUAUUAUUUAAAUUUUAUUUUUUUAUUAUUUUAACAACCGUGUUUGACCGAACAUGCUAACUGUGCCGCCCAGGAUUCCCGUGUCGGCUCAGGGAGUUUUUCUGUGCUACGUUUUUCCCUUCUAUACCAGAAGUACGUUCUAAAUCCCAGAUUUAUAUUAAGCACAUAAAACAAUUUCAAUGUGUUUGGGUUCAAUUUGACAGCACGGUCGUCCCCAGACCUUUAAAAAAUCUCGUAUCCGAACGUUUUAAGAUACAGUAUGUACUUAACUGUGACAUUUCUGAUCAAACCGGGCAUGUUUAAUUGAUUGUGUAGUGAAACACUGGAGCUCUAACAGUACUGUUCUUUUCAACACAGGUGCUAAUUAUUGUGUGUAUGUAUGUAUGUAUGUAUUCAUUCAUUUAUUUAUUUAUUUUAUUUCUCUUGGGGUUGGGUUAGAAAUUAGGGAUGACAUCUUAAGGGAAUUACUUCAAUAAAUAUAGAUUGUAAUAUCCAUGUAUCUCUGACAGAUCUACUGAUCGUUAGUGGGGUUCGAUGUACCCACUUUACUUGAAUCGGUUUACUAAGAUAACAAAUGUAUUAUUUAUUUGCAGCUUACAUCUGGAACUUAAUUGUUCCUGUUAAAAGUGCUGUAUUCUGGAUUCUGUAAAAAAUAAUACUUGAUUUGUGUUAGUAUUAAUCUUACUCUAGAUAAUGUGUGUUGUAUUACGUGUUUGCAUGACUGUAUUCAGCCUGCUCUUGUAUGACAGCUUCUUGUGAACGUGAACAGAAAUUGCGGUCAAUAUAACGCUUAAUAAACGAAGACGCCUUGAUUUCUUUCUGAUCUUAAA